AAAAGAGUAGAAAUUGGAUAAGGAUGGCUUAUUUCCUUUUUCUCCUUUUCCUCUUUCUGCUCAGCCCGAUUCUGCUCUUCUUCUUCUUCCCGCUGCAGCCACCCAAAGAGAAAAAAAAAAGAAAGAGAACCCAGCCAUGCCUUUGAGAAACCGGUGAGAUAAGCUUGGAUUUCUCCUUCUUUUCUUGCUCUACAACACAUGUAGAACCCAGAAAUUCUUUCCCCUUGCUGGAAAUCCGGUUCUGCCCUGCUUUGCUCUGUCCUUCCGCCGGCUGCUCCUGCUUUGUGGGGGUGAUUUGCUCCGGUUUUGGUUUCCGUGAGCUUCCCCUGCACUCCCGCCGGCCUUCCCCAAUCUGGUAGCUCCGGUUCCUUGCUUGUAAAUUCUGGUAUGUGGCAGCCUUAAACCAUUGUUUUUAAGCUUGAUUAAGGAUAAAGUUUAAGCAUUGAUUUAAGUGGGAUUUAUGUGAUUGAGUGUUAAUUGAUUGCUGUGAUUUUUGGAGAGAAAAUCCCGUGAGAUUAGCUAGUGUUUUCGCCAAUUUGUGGAAGUCGAGGUUACUGUUCACGUCGUGGUACUGUUCAUGGUACUGUUCAUAGAUUACUGUUCACACCCCGAGAGUCAACGAUUAACGGGGAUUUAAAUGAUUAGUUUGUGAUAUAAGAACGAUUUUGGAGAUAUUUGAUCAUGUGGAGAUUUAUGGAAAUAGCAUUGUGAUUAGGAAUGAUCCCAAUGAUGAUUUCAGCUUGAAUUUGUGAUAGUCCGGUAUUGAUUCUCAGAUGUCUUGAUUAGGUUUCCGAUCGUUCUGUCAGUUAGCAUUGAGAUUGAGUGCUCGGUUUUAUGCAAGUGAGUCAUGUUAUUCGUGACCCUGCUAGUGGGGGAGGUUAUAAACGCUAGCACAUGUCGACAUGUUAGUGAAAGAGCCGGUUCGUUCAACCCAACUAGUGGGGGUUAUACACCAGCAAAUCGUGGCCCUGCUAGUGGGGAUUAUACACUGGCCGUGACCUAUAGAGGAGACGUCUAUUUCGUGCCCGUACUGUAUCUGUUUUCGUGAUAGUACUUGUUGGCAUGCUUUAAGUUUGAUAAGGGGCACUUCAUAUUUACUUACUGAGUUUAUUUCAUAGUUUUCCUUGUCCACCAUUUCAGGAAGUGAAACCGAGGACGGGAAACCACAGGAAGUGACGAGUUAGUAGGCUAGCCAUAUUGUAAUUGGAUAUGAAUUUUAGAAACAAAUCAUGAUCUUGUAUUUGGAGACUUUAUUGGAGAUUUAUGAUAUUAGAGCAAAUUUUAAAGAUUU